ACUCCCGCUUUCACCUAAUACCUUGGACGCGUUGUGUGGUAAUAAACCUAACAGUAUUUUGCAUUAGAUGGACAGAACACAGAUGGGGCAAUGGAUAAUCCUAAAUCUGUCCAAAGGAGGUUUGAAGCAGCUGUCAAAGUGAUAAGAAGUUUGCCUGGAGAUGGUGCCUAUGAACUUUCCGAUGAUAUGCUUCUUAUGUUCUAUGGUUACUACAAACAAGCCACAUCAGGACCAUGUAACACCAUUAAACCCAAUUCUUGGAAUUCUAUUAAUAAAGCUAAAUGGGAGGCUUGGAAAGCCUUAGGAAACAUGUCCAAAAAACAAGCAAUGACGGAAUAUGUUCAAGAAAUAAAGCUGAUAAUUGAAACCCUUCCGGUCACAGAUGGGAUGGCAGAAUUAAUGGAUGCUCUUGACCCAUUUUAUGAGAUAGUGGAGGAUGAUGAAGCUGUAUCCAGUACACCAGCAUCAUUAUCCACAGGACGUACUAAUGAAGAAAAAGAUGAUGAUGCUGCUUCAGAUGAAGAAGAUGAAAGUGACAGUUCUUAUGAACAUAUAGAAGAUGAAGUUGAGAUGGUGGAGGCUGGUAAAUAUUUAAGGACAUUGGCAGAAGCAGGGACACAUUCACCAAUGUUAAAUGUCAGUGAGGAGAUCAGCGUAUCCUCUUUGACCAGUGACACUCAUAGUUCUUUAAAUACGGAGGAGCAGGAAGAGGAGCUGGUGUACGGCCUGGAGCCCAGCACAGAGCCUCUAGAGUUCUGCUCAUCUGAAAACUCCCAUAGUGAUGACGACAUUCUUACCAAAUGUAAAUCUCAAACAGAUGAAUCAGAUAACGAAAUGCACAGUGACUCAAAGGAACACCCAACAAAACCUGAAAAGGGUUCAGGAGUUCCCAGGGUCCAUUUGGCAGAUAUAAGUGUGGCUGGGGCCAACAUUCAGGAGCGACAAGGGGGAAACAGAGAAGCUCAGUGUGGGAGUCAGGAUGGAAAACCACAGGGUGUUACACCCCCGGUCCCCCACCCACCAGCACUUGGAACAGUCCAAACUGACAGAAUGUCAGUAAGCAGAGGAAGAGCCAGUCUGUUAGAUGGGACAAACACACCAGCUGAACAUGAUAACUUGACCGAGCACAGUUGCCAAGGGGAUGGUGAGCGCUGGGAGAUGGGAGCAAGCAAGGACAAGCAGGCAUUCAACACACAGAUCGCCAUGGCCCUGUCACAGUUAGAGGACAAUAUGCAGGAUGUGCUGAAAAGGCUGACCAUACUGGAAGUUCUGACUGCAUCACAAGCUAAAAGUAUCCCUGGUUGGCCCAUAAAAUCUCAAAAUAAGAGAUUACCCCGGUGGCCAUUAGACUUGUCACCCACCUCUGGACUGCUGGCUGUUAUGUGGCCGUUUGCUGUGCACUGGCUUGUGCAGUUAUACAUACAGAAGAGGAGAAUGUAAGCGUUGUUGGUUAAAAUACAAUCCAGUGAAGUAAAGAUCCAGGACACAACUGUACAGUUCCUCAAGGAUUUUCAUGCAGUCUGACAAAUUUAACGUGUAAAGGACUCUGGCCAAAAGCAAAUAUAUUUAAUCGCUGUAUAUAAUGAUAUUGUUGUAACACUUUUGUAUAGUUCAUAUUUACUGUCAGUCAACUUAGUCUUCUCCACCUUUAUGAAGAAUACCAGGGCUAUUUACUUCAUUAAAAGUCAGGGGUUGGAAACGGUAUGAGGGUGAGUAAAUGAUAGAAUUUUGUAAAUAUAUAUUUAUUGGGACAUACAAAAUUUGCAAUUUGAAAUGUACAAAUGCACAUAUCGUCAUAACUAUUAAUGGUACUCAAAUGAUUGAAUUUACCGAAAUGUUUGGUGUUAAGUAGUUAUAAAUAAUGUUUUUCAGUAAGAGAUUCAUGUCAAACUGCCUCAGUGUGGGCCCAUUGUAAUCGGUGUUACAACCUGUAACCAUUUAAAAGGAGCACAAUAACAAUCAGCUGCGUUCU